AUGGCCUCGCUCCAAGUGCGAGAUGAACCGCCCCCUGAAGUUCACGACGAGAGAAAUGAUAGCUCUGAACAAGAAGAGCUCGCUGGAUCAACACGCCCCAAGGGUCCGAGCGACGAGGUGGAAAAGAAACUCCAUGGGCUUGUCAAGACUCUUGUUGGUCAUCUCCAAACCAAGGAAGCAACUAUCUAUCGAGGGGCGGACGCCUAUCGCAAGAACGGGAUUGAUUCUGUGGAAAAGAUCGAGCGGCGAUACACAAACGAAAGGCAGCAGCUUAAAGAAACAUGGAAGAAAGAUGAGGAGCGGUUUGUCCGUGGCUCACGAUCAAUCACAGCGACCCUGGACAAGCGUGGUAAAUCUCGGCAAGAGGCUGGGCACAAAUUAGAAGAGACACUAGCAAGACGCCGCCAUCUGUUUGAAAGGGCAACAACAAGUUUACGUGCUCUUCAUGGACGAUUGACCAAGCAUCGAGAUGAAGAGAAUGAGGAUUGA